ACGUCUAUAGUCGUCAGUAUUUCAAACGGGGUGUGGGUAUGUGAGUGCUAUUUUUACCGUCGCUUUAAAUACGAUAUUCUUGCGCGCUGUUUUACGAGUGACAUGGACAAUACAUUUUUAAUGGGAACAAACUAUCUUAAGUUAUUGCAGUCCUAAAAAGGGCUGCAGUAUGACUACCAAAACUUAUCCUUUUGCAACAGUCAUCCGCGAUCGGUCACCCAACAAAGCUACUGCCUUCGGCCAACGCCAACGGCAGAAGGAAGCGCAUGGCCAUCAGUGGCGUUGGCGACAUAUGGUAGCGACAACAGCUAUCGCGGUUACUGUGGUAUGACCUCAACUGCGAUGAGCACCACGGGGAAUGAUGGUCCAGCUGGACCGGCGGUUAACUCCCCUUCUGCUCAACAGCAACAGGGUCAGCAGCAGGCCGUUGCACCAAAACGACCUCUGCGUAGAGUUCAAAAACCGCCUCCAGAUCGCCCGAAACGUGCAUUAUUCUGCCUCUACUUGAAAAAUCCCAUUAGAAAAAUAUGCAUUGACGUCGUUGAAUGGAAACCCUUUGAAUGGCUGAUCUUAAUGACGAUUUUCGCAAACUGUGUUGCGCUGGCUGUGUACACUCCGUUUCCUAAUGGCGAUUCCAAUACCACAAAUGCAUACUUGGAAAAAAUUGAGUACGUUUUCCUGGUAAUUUUUACAGCAGAAUGUAUAAUGAAAAUCAUAGCGUAUGGAUUUUUGAUGCAUCCAGGGGCGUAUUUAAGAAACGGUUGGAAUUUAUUAGAUUUUACAAUUGUAGUUAUAGGUACAAUAAGUACGGCUCUUUCGUUUCUUACUAGAGAUAGUUUCGACGUAAAAGCUUUAAGGGCAUUUCGAGUCCUGCGUCCUCUAAGACUGGUGUCUGGUGUUCCCAGUCUGCAAGUUGUGUUAAAUUCAAUUCUUCGCGCCAUGGUGCCUUUAUUACAUAUUGCACUUUUGGUUUUAUUCGUUAUCAUUAUUUACGCUAUCAUCGGAUUAGAACUGUUUUCUGGGCAAAUGCACAAAACAUGUUAUAAAAAGACGGGGGAACAAAUGGAAGAACCUCAUCCGUGUGGUGAUGGUUUUAAUUGCACAAUCGAAAUGUCAUCAGACUAUAUUUGUGAUGAUGGUAAAUUGCAGGACGGUGUAGAAUGGGAUGGUCCGAAUUAUGGUAUAACGAAUUUUGAUAACUUUGGCUUAGCCAUGUUAACAGUCUUUCAGUGUAUAACUUUAGAAGGUUGGACGGAUGUACUUUAUAAUAUACAAGAUGCUUUAGGUCGAGAAUGGCAAUGGUCUUACUUUGUCUCAAUGGUGAUAUUAGGCGCAUUUUUCGUUAUGAAUUUAAUUCUUGGUGUCCUCAGCGGUGAAUUCUCUAAAGAAAGAGAAAAGGCAAAGGCACGCGGUGAUUUCCAUAAACUAAGAGAAAAACAGCAACUAGAGGAAGAUCUUAGAGGUUAUUUAGACUGGAUAACACAAGCUGAGGACAUCGAGCCUGAGGGAGAGGACCAUCAAAGUCAAGAUCAAAGAAAUAAUAUAACCAAUGAAAUGGCUUCAACAGAUCAGUUAGGGGAUGAGGAAGUCCAGCAUGAUUCUUGGGGUUCUAAAAAGAAAAAAGAGUUGGAUAGAAUCAAUCGACGAAUGCGUAGAGCAUGUAGAAAAGCUGUAAAAUCGCAGACUUUUUAUUGGUUGAUUAUAGUUUUGGUUUUUUUAAAUACGGGUGUUUUGGCUACAGAACACUACGAACAACCGAAUUGGCUCGACGAUUUUCAAGAAUAUACCAAUAUGUUUUUUAUAGCGCUGUUUACUUUGGAAAUGUUGUUAAAAAUGUAUAGUUUGGGUUUUCAAGGUUACUUUGUCUCGCUAUUUAAUCGUUUUGAUUGUUUUGUUGUUAUUGGAAGUAUAAGUGAGAUGGUGUUAACUCACUCAAACGUCAUGCCUCCCUUGGGAAUAUCUGUAUUACGUUGUGUGAGGUUGUUAAGAGUUUUUAAGGUUACCAAAUAUUGGCGAUCAUUAUCAAACCUGGUUGCCUCACUGUUAAAUUCGAUCCAAUCAAUCGCAUCCUUGUUGUUGCUACUGUUUUUGUUUAUUGUUAUUUUCGCUCUACUCGGCAUGCAAGUCUUUGGAGGAAGAUUUAACAGAAAAACCGAAGAGAAACCUCGAUACAACUUUGAUAGUUUUUGGCAAAGUUUAUUGACAGUCUUUCAGAUAUUGACUGGUGAAGACUGGAAUGCUGUUAUGUACGUAGGAAUAGAGGCAUAUGGAGGUGUUAAAGGGUUUGGCGCCUUGGCCUGUAUUUAUUAUAUUAUUCUGUUUAUUUGUGGUAACUAUAUACUUUUAAACGUGUUCUUGGCUAUCGCCGUCGAUAACUUAGCGGACGCAGAAACUUUGACAGCAAUCGAAAAGGAGGAAGAGGAAAAAGAGCAAGAGGGUAAGAGAUCGAAGAGUCCCACUCCGAUCCAAGAAGAGGAAGAUGAGGAGGGAAUGGAAGAGGAAGAGCAUAGUCUGGAAGAAGAUAUUGAUGACGAGCAAUAUUCUGAAAGAUCCGACCGAGAUCACGAUGAAGAAUCUCAAACGAAAAAAGAGUUGGACGAUGGUGAAGAGGGGGAAGAUCAAAAUGAAGUCUUUUCAGAGGAAGAUACGGACGAUGAGGACCUGGUGGUUCCUAAGGAAACGGCUAGGCCAAGGCGGCUGUCCGAGGUCACUAUAGUUAAGAAAGUCAAGCCGAUACCAAAAGGCAGUGCCUUUUUUAUAUUUUCAUAUAAGAACAGGUUUCGCGUGCUGUGUCACUGGUUAUGUAACCAUUCCAUCUUUAGUAAUAUUAUUCUUGUUUGUAUAUUGGUUUCGUCUGCCCUCCUAGCCUUAGAAGAUCCAAUCAAUCAAGACAAUAGAAGAGCUGAUAUCCUGUCGAAGUUUGACUACAUUUUCACCGGAAUAUUUUCGGUGGAAUUAGUACUUAAGACUAUUUCAUACGGGUGCAUUCUUCACAAGGGUGCCUUCUUCAGAUCUGCCUUUAAUGUUUUGGAUUUAGUUGUUGUAUGUGUAUCGAUAAUUUCUAUAUUUAAUAGUCACGAAGCAAUGUCGGUUGUAAAAAUUCUUAGGGUAUUAAGAGUUCUAAGGCCUCUUAGGGCCAUUAAUCGUGCAAAGGGACUGAAGCAUGUAGUCCAAUGCGUGAUAGUAGCAGUAAAGACCAUAGGCAAUAUUCUGAUGGUCACGAGCCUUCUACAGUUCAUGUUUGCGGUAAUCGGAGUUCAAUUAUUUAAGGGCAAAUUUUCGAAAUGCUCGGACGGUUCAAAACUGACUGCUUCAGAAUGUAGAGGGACAUAUUUGAUAUACGUCGAUGGAGAUAUAAACAAGCCUCAAAUGAAAGAUAGAGAGUGGGAGCCCAACCGCUUCCAUUUCGACAAUGUAGGAAAGGCUAUGCUAACUCUUUUCACGGUAUCAACAUUCGAAGGCUGGCCGAACUUGCUGUAUGUGUCGAUUGACUCAAACAAAGAAAACCAAGGACCAAUACAUAAUUACCGCCCAAUCGUAGCUGCUUAUUAUAUAAUCUACAUUAUAAUAAUAGCGUUUUUUAUGGUUAACAUAUUUGUCGGUUUCGUCAUCGUUACAUUCCAAAAUGAGGGAGAGCAAGAGUACAAAAAUUGCGAGCUCGAUAAAAACCAGCGGAACUGCAUUGAGUUUGCUCUUAAAGCUAAACCGGUCAGAAGAUACAUUCCUAAGCAUAGAAUUCAAUACAAAGUUUGGUGGUUCGUUACUUCCAAGCCAUUUGAAUAUGCCAUAUUUACUUUAAUUAUUAUAAAUACCAUAACUCUGGCGAUGAAAUUUCACGGACAAUCAGAUAACUAUGGAAACGUUCUUGAUUAUUUAAACAUGAUCUUUACAGCUGUCUUUGCAAUGGAGUUUGUUUUUAAAUUGGCUGCUUUUCGGGCAAAGAAUUACUUUGGAGAUGCUUGGAACGGAUUCGACUUCAUUAUUGUCUUGGGAAGUUUUAUUGAUAUCGUUUACCAAGAUGUUAGCCCUGGUCAAAAAAAGAUCAAGUUUUCCGGCAACUUCUUCCGAUUAUUUCGUGUGAUGAGGCUCAUAAAGCUCUUAAGUAGAGGCGAAGGUAUCAGAACCUUACUUUGGACAUUUUUCAAGUCCUUCCAAGCACUACCUUACGUAGCUUUACUUAUAGUAAUGCUAUUUUUUAUCUAUGCUGUUAUCGGUAUGCAGAUGUUUGGAAAAAUCGAAAGUAAUGAUUUGGAAUCUGGAACCUCACUAACUAGAAACAACAACUUCGCAUCGUUUUUUCAAGCUGUGCUGGUUCUUUUUCGAUCAGCUACAGGUGAAGCCUGGCAAGAGAUAAUGAUGGACUGCGCAGAUACUCCAAGAGCAGUAUGCGAUCGAAGAUAUCGCGAACGUCUCAACCGUACCGUGGGGGCAAAUGAAAGUUGUGGUUCUGAUGUUGCUUAUCCAUACUUUAUUUCUUUUUAUGUAUUAUGUUCGUUUUUGAUUAUAAAUUUGUUCGUAGCAGUAAUUAUGGAUAACUUCGAUUACCUUACAAGAGACUGGUCAAUUCUAGGACCUCACCACCUGGAUGAGUUCAUAAGGUUAUGGAGCGAGUACGAUCCCGACGCAAAGGGUCGUAUAAAGCAUUUAGAUGUCGUGACUCUUUUGCGAAAAAUAUCGCCCCCAUUAGGUUUCGGUAAACUCUGUCCGCACCGUGUCGCUUGCAAGCGGUUAGUAUCAAUGAACAUGCCUUUAAAUAGUGAUGGUACGGUACUCUUUAAUGCUACUUUAUUCGCGGUGGUACGGACGUCACUACGUAUUAAAACGGAAGGCAAUAUCGAUGAUGCCAACUCGGAGUUACGUGCGGUUAUCAAAAAAAUAUGGAAGAGAACUAGUCCAAAGUUAUUGGAUCAAGUAGUGCCACCACCCGGUGUUGACGAUGAAGUAACAGUCGGGAAGUUCUAUGCGACGUUUCUCAUUCAAGAUUACUUUAGGAGGUUUAAGAAGAGAAAAGAACAGGAGUUGAAAGAUGGGGACAAGGAGCAACAUAAUACUGUUACUCUUCAAGCUGGGUUGAGGACUUUACAUGAAGCCGGCCCUGAAUUAAAACGUGCAAUUUCGGGAAAUUUGGAUGAAUUGGUUGAUGACAAUCCUGAACCUAUGCAUAGGCGAAACCACUCUCUAUUUGGCAGCGUAUGGUCGUCGAUGAAGCGCGGACACAGUUUCAAUCGUGCUAAGUCUCUUAAAAUUAAUUCAACACAGAUAAAAAUUACUCCAGCAUCUAGUAUAGACCAUUUACCAUAUAAUUCAAUUAAAUCCGCCGUCACUGAAGGAAUGAACCAUAUCACGUCGAUAACGAAGAGUGUAGUGCAAAACCGUGCAAACGCAGCUGCAUUGAGCGAUUCAUAUAUGGACGAGGAGAUUCCGUUAAGGUCUUUAUCAAAUCUCAAUAAUGGAGAUUCUGAAAGGCAUACAUACUCCGUUAUGAAUCUUCAAGGCGACACUCAAGAGCUAAUGCCGCCGACGCCACCACCGCGUAAGUCCUCCCCAUCACUUACGGGAGAACUCCAUCACCAGCAGUCACCUGGGAGCCCAAAGAGCAACUUUACACGAAUUGCGAGUGGCCUGAAACUGGCGCAGGCUCAAGCAAUGGCAGUCGCGGGUUUUUUACCCUCGCAUGCUCAACCUUGUGAACAUCACAGUUACAGUUGCAGAUCGGUCGGUUUAGGCUUGCAUCCGUACCAGGUGUUCAGCGACUACGUUCCAAGAUCAAGUGAUGAACGGCAUGCACGUUGUUGCCUCUUUUAUCACAGGGCAUCUUUUCAUGGCCAAGUUUCAGCUUCACCUACAGAACCUAAUGGCCACGUGACAACAGAGAGAUUGGCUCAUUCACUGCCUGGAAGUCCGGCGGAACGAAGACCACCGUCUUUUGAAGUAGUUGGAUCCGCCGAGAGUCUUGUCGGAAGGAUACUUGCCGAACAAGGCUUAGGUAAAUUCUGCGAUCCAGACUUUGUAAGAAAUACGUCAAAAGAAAUGCAAGAAGCAUUAGAUAUGACACAGGAGGAGAUGGAUCGGGCGGCUCACCAGCUGCUUCAACACGAACGACAGCUCAAAAGCCGCGGCGGACAAUCCAGCCCCAUAGAGUUCCCCGUACCAUCUCUUCCGUUAUAGCAGCAAACCCAAAAUGACCCAACGCCAUUAUAUACCAAGUGCCUAAAUACUUCUUCUGGUCCAAGGAAGACUAAAUGAUUAUUAUUAAUAUGUAGAGUUAGAUUAUCUAUAGAUUGUUACUCCAUAAUAACGAGGCUGGGGAACUGAUUCCCGAUUCGUUGCGAUCGUAAACCACUGUAAGCCGUAAAACUGUUUAACUGGUACCUUUUUUAUAAAUACAAAUAACGAUUCGCUUCUAUCCUCACAUUUUACAAGUUUUACGGCUAAUAUAAAUUAUGUUCAAAUACCAUUGUUGACUCUUUUAAAAUGAGAUCCCAUAUGGUUAUAGAUAGCUAAAUCAAUUUUGUUAUUUAUGUACUUUGCUAAAUUUUAUCCACAUAUUUAUUGCUUUUACACAACAUAGUACAAUUAAUACAAAAAAGCUACAUUUAGCAUAUUUCUGACAACAUAUGGCAACAAGUAUAAGAGUCGAGUGGACACACAUGAUUCAUGGCUUACCGCAAGGCCGAUGUAUGUAUUGCUUAACUUUAAAUGGAAUGCUGUGGAAUGAAUGUUUGGCAAAUUGAAUUAGUUUAUCAAAAACGGUUACUUUUAAGGGAUAUUAACGCAUAUUCAACAUUUUUUCAUGUAAUUAUUUUUGAAGCCUAAUAAUAUUUAGUAAAUGUGUUAACUUCUGAAAAUCUAAUUUUUUGUUCAGUUUUAGCAAAAAUAUUUAUAGUGGAUGAAAUUUAGUAGUAAGUAUUAAUUUGUUAAUUAUAUCCAAAAAAAUUAUUCCUACUCUGUCAGUUCGAAAUUUUUUGCGUCAAAGUACCUUGACUUAUCGUUUAUUUGAGUUUAAACAUGAAUUUACCCAGCCAACCGAUAAGAUGUAAACAAAUGUGCCUUCUAUUUUGGUGAAUAUAAUGCGAGUAGCACAAGAGUAGUACACAAAUUUACCAUCGCACCUUUUUUUAUAAAUAUUUUAAGCACAAUAUAAUAAAGUAGCAAUAUACUUAGCAGAAAAACUUCUAACAAUACCAAAAAAGAGUAAGGGAUCAAAUACAUUUACAGAUAACGUUGUGCCAAAUUUCCAUACAAUAAGUAUAUAAAAAAUAUUAUUUUAUGUUAUGAGGGAAGAACCAAUGACAAUCAAGAAAGUCUUUAGGGUCAACACAAGGUUCCCACCCAAAAAAGAAAUUCUUUUCCAGAAAACGCAAAAUAUUUCGGCUGACAAGAUUAGUUUUUUUUUGCAAAAUACAAUUUAAAUCGUUAAACAAAUAAUAAAGACGUGCUAUUAAGGUUUCAUAAUUGUGAUAUUAGAUUUCCUAGUUUUUUUACGUCAACAAAUGUUAGAAGCGUCGCUGAAUAUAUUUUGGGUCACCCUGUAGAGCUGACCUUAUUAGGCAAUUUUAGAAGAAUCAACAGAACGCUGUUGUAAAUCUAUGGUUUAUCGAAAUUUCGAAGUACAGGGUGUGAACAAAAAUAAUUAAAAUGUCAUAUUGUAGUUGUAUCAAGUUCGUCAAUCCUACUUAGAUAAAUAAAUAUUUAAGUUUAAAUCGAUUUCGUCGAGAUGAUUUAUGUUAAAUUUAUCGUUUCUUUUUCUUCUCAAGUUUAAUUUUUAUACAUACGCACAAAUGGUCAAGUUUGUUUGAAGUUUUAACUGAACCAUUUAAAUAUUAUUCAAUGUUUUAUAAUUCAACGUGUAUAUAAUACAUUAUUAGUUAUAUUAAAUUGAAAAUAUAUUAUAAUAUUUUUGUUUAGUAAAAUUUAAAUGAAAAAAUAA